GAGAGAGAGAGAGAGACAGAGAGAGAGAGAGAGAGAGAGAAAGAGAGAAGGUAGGGGAGCAAGGAAGGAGGCUGCAGGACGGGUGGUCCUGACAGCGAGCGGUGACGAGAGAAGACCGACCGUCCUGAACGAGCGAGCAAACGCCGGGGAUUAAUCGAGACCCCCGUAUAUAUGUAUUAAUUGGCAUACUAGAGCGAGAGCUUUUUGUUCGAAAACGAAAUCCAAAAGAAAAGCAUACGAUAAAACGUGUAAAACGCUUGCCGCGAGCGCGCUGGACUUCUCUCGAGAGCUUUCCCUCGGUGUUGGAUAUACCCCCUUGGUCCAACCCUUGGGCUAAGGCUAUAUAAAAAUCCUACCGCGCGGCGAGAUGAACACCCUUCUCCUCCGGCUCGUCCGACGGUGCAUGAGUCUAGUCGGGGAGUAUCGCGCUGGCUGUCACUGACAACGCUCAUACUGGCAACGCUCCCUCAUCGUCAUCGUCUUCGUCUUCGUCAUCGCCAUCGCAAUCGCAAUCGCAAUCAUCGUCACCGUCACCGGCAGCGUGCGUGUCCCCAGCGUAACCCCUGCCUACGGGAAGCGAGUUCGUGCUCACCGUGCGUGGACCGAGCGAGCAGUCACGCUUCGGCAACAUCACGGGGCGACAUCGGGAUACCGGGCGAGGAGACGAGGACGGGCGGACCCGCGCCGGCGAGUCCCAUCGCGAUCGUCCCGCAUCAUGAGGGCCUAGCGUUCGACAUCGUGGGUCAUCGUGGGUCGUCAGCGUCGGGCGUGCAAGGUAGGACGGCGGCGCGCCGGCGGAAGCCUGGAUAGUAGUAGUAGUAGGAGGAGGAGGAGGGGGAGGAGGAGGAGGAGGAGGAGGAGGAGGCACCCGACAACAUGGCCGCCGCCUGCUACGAGAAGGAAGUGGUGGUAGGUGCCGCCAUGCACGGACACGGGCAUCAUCACCACCACCACCACCACCAUCACCAUCAUCAUCAUCAUCACGCCGGCGGAUUGGGAACGUCGUCCGGCGACGCGACCGGUCAGACGGUCCUGCCGGCGGCGUCCACCGCCGGCCUCGACGACGCCAGCGCGACGGCCAGCGCCGCCGCCGUCGCCGUCGCCGCUUCUGCCGGCAACACGUCGGCGAACGGCAACAUCAACAACGUCGUCGUGAACGCGAACACGACGGCGACCGCCACCGCGGCCGCGGCCGCCACCGCCGCGGCCGCCGCCGCCGCCGCUGCCGCGGUCACUACCUACAAGGACUACAAGGACUACAAGGACUACUCGCAGCCGCUUCACGUGGACUGCAGCGUCGAGUACGAGCUGCCGAGCCAGGCGAAGCCGCCGCCCGGCGGUGGCGAGCCCCUCCUCAUGAUCCAUCCGUGCUACUAUCGACGCGCCGAGCGCGAGAGGAGAAGCCCCUUCGUCAAUAAUCUGCCGCCGCCGGCGCAGCCGGCGACCGCAUCCAUGUCGGCGUCUCGCAGGAGCGGCAGAAGGAGCGCGGCGACCGCCGCCGCCGCCGCCGCCGCCGCCGCCGCCGUCACGGUCGCCACUGCGACGGUCGCAGUCGCGGUCGCCUCCUCGACGACGGCCGCCGCGGCCGUCUUGCCGUCGAGCAACAACCUCGUGUCCUCCAACGUGCCCACGUCCACCGUGUCGCCGGCGUCGUCCGUCGCGUCGUCUUCGGUUACCGCGGCGGUGGUCGCGACCGCGGACUCUGGCAGUAGUCUCAUCUCCACGAGCGGCCAGAUGUCGGCUGUCGCUAUGGCGGCGUCGUAUCGCGCAGCGCUCAACGCUGCGGCCACGUUGUCUCAGCAGCAGCAGCAGCAGCAGCAGCAGCAGCAGCAACAACAACAGCAGCAGCAGCAGUCUCAACGACGGCAUCAUCCCCAGCAGCAGCAGCAGCAGCAACAGCAACAGCAGCAACACCAGCAGCAGCAGCAGCAGCCGGGUGGUCAUCAUCAUCAUCAUCAUCAUCAUCACCACAGGAAUCACAGUCACGCUCAUCAUCAGCAGCAUCACAGCCAGCAAUCGCAACAACAACGAUCCGUGACACCAACGGCUUCCGGCAGCGAGCACAUCUCUGCCGACGAGAAGGCAGUCAUAUCAGGUAUUUAUCAACAUUACUUCCGCGCCAUGCGCGCCCACAAUCAUCAGCACCGCCAGCAGCAGCAGCAGCAGCAACAGCAGCAGCAGCAACAGCAGCAACAGCAGCAGCAACAGCAGCAGCAGCAGCAGCAGCAUCGUACCACUCAUCAGCUUCAUCAUCAACCUCACCAAAGCGACCGAAGUUCCUCCUCUUCGUCGGCCACGUCGCCGACGUCCGCGUCGAUCUCCGGUAUCUUACGGCAGACCUAUCAGCAGACGUACAGCGGCGCGGUCACGAGCUCGAGCUCGUCCAGCGGCAGCCAUCAUCGCGGAGCUGCCACGGCGGUCUCGGCGGUCGGCCAUCAUCCUUACAGGCGGCCGUCGGCGACCCUCCUGUCGCGGGCAGCUUCGCAUAUCGGCCAGCAGGCUUCCUCAUUGUCCUCAUCCUCCUCCUCCUCAUCUUCCUCCUCUUCGUCGUCGUCCAUUUUCGGUGCUUCCAACGGCGUCACCGCCACCGGUGUCUCCAGUGUCUACGCCAGCACGUUACACAGAACCUCCCUGCACGCUCUCCAAGCGGCCGGUUUCUACGAGACGCCCGGUUAUCACGCCCUCCUGCCCCAGAGUUAGACGACAGCGGGGAGCUCGGGCGGUUUCGCGACUCCGCGUCGUUGCUUCGCGUUGUUGGGCGUACACGCGUGAGAACACGACGAUCGGUCAUCAACAAGCGUGUCGUCGCGAAUCGAACGAUCGCCGAGAUCCUUUGCCGACUGCUUCUCUUCUUCCCGAACCUCGAUUCUCGACUCCGGCCGACAAGGCCUCGGCGUCCGUGCUCCUCCUCCUCCCCCCGCGCCCCCGCGCCCCCUAGUCUCUCCGAGACACCCGGUGUCUCCUUCCGUUCCGUUCAUUAUGAAACGCUUCGGAGAAAUCGAUGAGACGAUUCAAUGAGAGCGAGCAGGUCGCGGGGCGCGGUCGCCGCGUGUCUCUGCGGCGAGAAUCGAGCGAGACACACACACACAUACACACACACACACACACUCUCAUUAUUCGUGCGGCUGCCGCACGCGCAAUGUUAUCUCGCGCCGGUGGCUGCUAAUGGCAGCCAGCUGACGGAGACGGCUGUGUGUCGUUGAGUGACGGCCGAGCUUUGACUAAUUAGACCCGGCGAAACGAUACGUCUCGCCGGCCGCGAGUCGCGAGGUUGUCGCUGCUCCGCGCCGCGCUUUCGACGCGUUCGCAUCCACGUGUCGACCUCGAGCACCACGCUUUACGUGUGUCAAAGACGGCGCAUGAUCGCGCGGACGUGGAUGUGGACGCGCUACUCUCUCGCAACGAGAGCGUGUUCAGUCCUUCGUCUCUCUCUCUCUCUCUCUCUCU